GUAGCCGCUGAAGGAGAAUCGGGUUCUGUAGCCAAUAUAUUAAGGGAGUAGCAACUGCUAUUCCAAAUUCUUAGUGCUUUCCUGCAGAAAACAGACUGAAGAUCAGAAUGUUUGAAGAAUUUCUCCAGUAUCUCUCCGGUGUACUUGGCCUGCCUGAUGACCAGGUCAGAUUCAUAUCCCUGUUGUUGAUGGGGUAUCCACUGGCAUUGGUGCUGUGUCACAUCCUCCACCCCUCCUGGACCUCUCUCCAUGUUAGACAUCUCUUCUCCUCUCUCUCUGGUCUCACCAUCGCCACCCUCUGCUAUGGCUGGCAGGUGUUAGCUCUGGUGGGACUUGUAGCAGUUGGAUACAUCAUCCUUCUUGUGGCACCACCACAGACUGUUCAUAGGUGGAGUAUGGGAUGGGCCGUAUUAUUCAUGAGUGCUGGCAAUAUGUACUACGGCGUAUGGAGUUUGAGUAUUCGUUGGUAUAUAUUAUAAUACUAUCAUUAAUUUUAUAUCAGCCAUGAAAAUCUGUUAUUACUUCACUUUAGGGCAAUGAUGAUAAUGGUUCAAAAGCUUACUUAUGUAGGGUUUAGUAUACAUGAUGGUAAGUGACUGUACUAAUGUAUAAUAAUAGCUCAAGACUUCUCUACGUAGGAAUGGGAGGCUAUAGUAGGCCUCUGAAUAAAGACCAGGAGAAGCAGAAACUGACGUGAGGAUGACCUGAUAAUCUCUGCUGCAACUCUUAGUCUCCUCCUCCACAGCUCUGUGCCGUCAGUCCUGGAGUACAUGAGCUACUGUUUCAACUUCCACAGUGUACUAGCUGGACCCUCAGUCACUAUGAGGGAGCAUCUGGACUUCAUGGAUGGCUCCAACUUCCACAGUGCAGUCUCUACUACCAGUAGCCAACAGUCAUCAGUGGGUGAUGUUGCUUAGUGCUUGUGUUUCAGCUUAUUUGUAAUGUGUGAACUUUACCCUAUCACAGAUUCGUCCAUGAACGUAUUCCUGAAAGUGCUGUAUUUCUCCCUGGUGUCCUUUGUUAUCCGCUGUCGGUUCUACUUUGUUUUCCUUCUCAACGACAGCAUCAGCAAUGCAGCUGGGCUUGGGUUCGAAGGUUACGACGAACAAAACAGACCCAAGUGGGGGCUGGCGUCCAAUAUUGAUAUACUGAGUAUAGAGCUCUCUAUGAAUGCCAGAAACUCUCUCAACUCGUGGAAUAUUACUAGCUCACGGUGGAUAAGAAGAGUGGUUUAUGAGAGAGUGUCAUGGAAUCCAACUCUGGCCAGCUUCUUGUUUUCUGCCUGGUGGCACGGCUUCUAUCCUGGAUUCUAUCUCGGUUUUUUCACUGCUGGUCUCGGUUUAAUGGCAUCAAAGAAGAUGAGGAGGUGGUGUAACCCAUUCUUCACCGAUCAUGGUCCAGUAUUGAAGUGGACCUACCACGUAGCCACGUGGGUCCUCACUCAGGUGUAUGUGACCUACAGUUGUUUAGCUGUUAGUCUGGUGUGGUUCCCUGCUGUCUGGACCUUCUGGAGUCACUACUACUUUGUUCCGAGUUUGGCUCCUCUACUGGUACUGCUGUUGGUACCAUCCAGACAGUCUCAGAGACACAAGGACUCACAUGACGUGAAUGGAGAUGUCAAAUCUGGUCCCUCUUCAGACUCCAACACCAAACACUCCAAACAAGACUGAUGCAUGGGGAGUGUCCAUUUAGCUACCCUCACCUUUGUAAUGUGACAGUAUUGUACUAGUUUCAUGACUACACAGUGGAACCUUUGAACAAUGGCAAAAGGUUUUGU